AUGGGGGGGAAGCGGUGCCAGCUCCAGCAGCGGGGGCUGCCUGGCCGCGAGGUUCAGCUCUGGCACAGGCAGCAGCUCAAGCAUGAGGCUCAGUGCACUCACUCCGCCAUCACCUCCAUCUAUUCGACCUCUGGCUUUGGAUUUCCCCAGCUGCUGCCAAGGGUUGGCAGAGCCCUGGGGGUCUGCGCACCCAUUGCUAAAGUCACGGUCAACGAGCAUCUGCUCCUGCUCAAGGUGGAGAUGGACCUAAACCUUCCGUCUGUGAAGUACCAGGAAAAGGAGCCCAUCAAGAGCCUCAAUAACAAAUCUGCAUUUUUCAUUGACAAGGUCCAAUUCCUGGAGCAACAGACCAAGGUGCUGGAGACCAAAUGGGGAUUUUUACAGAAACUAAAGUUUUACAGGAGCAACACUAAGCCAAUGUUUGAAACUUAUACUGGCAACUUGAAGAGGCAGCUGGGUGUUCUGGGAAGCAAAAGAGCCAAGCUGGAAACAGAACUGAGCAACAUGCAGGAUAUCGUGGAAGAUUACAAGAACCAGUAUGAAGAGCAAGCCCACUGGCAAACAUGUGCAGAGAAUGAGUUUGUCAUGCUCAAAAAGAUAAAUGACACGGAUUGCACCGACGUGAACCAAGCUGAGCUUGAAGCCAAGGUGGAGUCCCUCAUCCAAGAGAUCAACUGCCUGAGGAGACUUCAUGAAGUGGAAAUCACGCAGCUCCAAGCAUCCGUAUCAGACACCUCUGUUACUAUGCAAAUGGACAACAGCUGAGGCCUGGGCAUGGAUGACAUCAUAAUCGAUGUCAAAGCUCAAUAUGACAACAUUACCAAAAAAAGCCGGGCUGAUGCAGAAACCUGAUACUACAGCAAGUAUGAGGAACUGAGAGAAACCACUGGCAAACAUGACGACAGGUUGCAUAACACAAAGAAUGAAAUUGUGGAGCUGAAUUGGGUGAUCCAGAGACUAACUGGAGAAUGUGAAAAGACCAAAGCCCAGAGAUGCAAACUGGAAGGAGCCAUUGCUGAAGCUGAGGAGCACUGGGAAGUGGUUGUCAAGGAUGCAAAGGGCAAACUUUUCGAGCUGGAGGCAUCCCUGCAGAAGGCGAAGCAGGACAUGGCCCGUGAGUACGAGGAAGUCACGAAUGUCAAGCUGGCCCUGGACGUUUAG